AUGCCCAUAAAAACAAAGGGUAAAGCAUACAAUACAGCCGUCAGGCCAGCCUUACUGUACGGUUCCAAAUGCUGGACAGUCAAGAAAGCCCAUAAACAAAUGGCACAUGUAAACGAAAUGAAGAUGUUGCACUGGGCGGGUGGGGUGACCAAGAUGAACAGAGUUCGGAAUGAAUACAUACGGGGGAGCUUUAAAGUCACAUCAAUCACAGACAAAAUGACGGAAAAUCGCCUUAGAUGUUAUGGUCAUAUAAUGAGACGGGACGAAGAUGAUGUGGUGAAGGUCGCAUUGGGCUUGCCAGAACAGAAGAAAGGUAGAGGCCGCCCGCCAUCGACCUGGUGGUCAAACAUCGAAAGAGACCUUAAGAAAGCCCAAUUGCCAAAACUGACAACCCAGGACAGAUCAGCCUGGCGCCGUAGAGUGAGGAGACCCGACCCCAGAUAA